AUACCGUAAAUUUUUCUUUUUGUUUUCGCCACGGAAAUCAAGACAGUGCGAAAAUUAACGGAGAAACCUUAGAAGAAAAAAAAACUAAAAAAUGGUGGCGAUUUCUUUGUACAGAGGGAACCUCCACCGUGCACCGGACGUUACUCGGCGAUGGCUAAUGCCGACUCCCAAAAUCUCACUCAAAGACUUCAAAUCCCUCUUGCACCGCCGCAACAAAGAUCUGUGUCUCCUCCGUUCCCCUUCUUCCUCUUCUAACCCAAACCAUCAAAUUCAAUCUUCCGUGCCCACUGCUCCUCCUGUUGACCUCAAUUUGAAGGCCAAAGUUGAGUCUGACCCGUGUGAGGGUUUGAAAACUGGACCGCCUCUAACGAAGGUCAAGGUGGAGGUAGUUGCAGGAUCCGACGAUGGAGAUUGUUUGGUGAAGCCGAUGGAUGAGAAGACCGCGAAAGAUGCCAGUUUGCUAGUGGAUGAGAAAGAGAGGCCGCCUGAGACUAAAACAAACGCAGAGACUGUCGAAAAAAUGAAUUAUUUAAAUGGGAAAGAACAAAGGAAAAGGGAUGUUGAGGAGAAAUUACAAGUUUUUAAUGCGAAGAAGCAUGGUUUAGUGCAAGUACUGAAGCAGAUCUUGAACGCGGAGGAGGAGUUGAAGAGAAGAAAUAACACACAAGGUACAGCGAAUCGUCCAGCUGUUUCACUUCAAGUGGAAACCACAACUGACUCUGGGUCGAUGACGAAGAUUGUAUCCCCGGAUGGGCUCGGAUGCUAAUGUUGCUCGAGAGAAUGAAGGAGCUGAUGCUGAUGAUGUUUCAAACCUUAACGUUCAUUCUCGUCACAUGUUUCGGAUGAGCAGUGCAUCCCCAUCUUCAGAAUCUCCUCUUAGAAGACCUACC